GUCCAACGUUGUCAUUCUCUCUCACAAAAUUCCUCUCUUGAUUCAGUCCCAGUUCCUCUCCAAAGAGUCAGAGACACCUUGUGUGUGUGUUCGAGUCUUCGAGAGACAGAGAGAGAGAGAGAAAUGGAGAAUCCAAGGAUGCUAUCACUGGUUCUUUGUUUUGGAUUUCUGGGUCUUUGCCAAGCGAUCGAAUCGCCGCAGUACAGUGUGGUUCACUCGGAAUCGGACUUCGAGAUCAGACUCUACAGACAGUCCACGUGGAUGUCUGCUCCAUCUAAAGACAUCUCCUUUGAGAAAGCCACCAAAUUUGGUUUCCACAGGUUGUUCCAGUAUAUCCAAGGUGCCAAUCUGAAUUUCUCUAGGAUUGCAAUGACAGCUCCUGUCCUGACAAGCAUAGUCCCAGAAGCUGGCCCUCUACACUCAUCGGCCUACUUUGUCCGUUUUUACUUGCCCGUGAAGUUCCAAGCUAGCCCUCCACUCCCACUUCCAGAGCUGAACCUGAAGCCCUAUGCAUGGGACAGUCAGUGUAUUGCUGUUAGGAAAUUCUCUGGAUUUGCUAGGGAUAGUAACAUUGUUAAAGAGGCAGAGAAACUUGCUAUUAGCUUGAGCAGGUCUCCAUGGGCAAAUGCAACUUCUUCGGAAAGUAGUAAUGCCUACUCGAUUGCACAGUACAAUUCUCCAUUCCAGUUUAUUGGGCGUGUAAAUGAGGUUUGGGUGGAGGUUGAUGCAUCAGAAUUUGAUGGCUGUAAAUUCAGUGGAGUAGCAACAUACUAGACUGUGGCAUGGUUGGGCAUGACUGCAAUUUUCUGCAUUAUGUGCUUGGAGCUACUGAUACAUAAAUUACUGUGUUUUGAAUUCCCUAUAUCUGUAAAUUUUUGUUCCCAAAAAUAACCCUGUAUGUGUAUAUAUAUGAUUUUAAUUAAUAUGUAAAAAUAUGGUGCUUCUGACUUCAUUACUUGCUUGUGUAAAAAUAAAAUUUAUG